GUGUGUGCGUGCGUGUGUGAGAGUAGUGAGAGUAAAAACAUGUCGGGACAGUCAUUGACGGACCGUAUCGCUGCCGCGCAUCACAGCAUGACCGGCUCGGCGAUCAGCAAAGCGGUGUGCAAGGCCACGACACACGAAGUCAGCGCGCCCAAGAAGAAACACCUUGACUACCUGAUCCAUUGCACCAAUGAGCUGAACGUGAGUAUCCCACAGCUGGCUGACACUCUGCUGGAGCGCACGGCCACCAACAGCUGGAUCGUGGUGUUCAAGGCCCUUAUCACCACACACCACCUCAUGAUGUACGGCAAUGAGAGAUUGAUGCAGUACCUAGCCUCAAGAAACACGCUCUUCAACCUCAACAACUUUCUGGAUAAGGCCGCACUACAAGGUUACAACAUGUCCACUUUCAUCAGACGCUACAGCCGGUACCUGAAUGAAAAAGCCAUGUCCUACAGACUAGCAGCAGUGGACUUUACCAAGAUGAAGAGAGGUGCCGACGGCGUGAUGCGCACCAUGAACACAGACAAGCUGAUUAAGACCCUGCCCAUCAUUCAGACACAGCUGGACGCUCUGUUGGAUUUCCAGCCAAACUCAAACGAGCUGACCAACGGAGUGAUCAACACUGCCUUCAUGUUGCUGUUCAAAGACUCUAUACGGUUAUUUGCAGCCUAUAAUGAAGGGGUCAUCAACAUGCUGGAGAAAUACUUUGACAUGAAGAAGAACCAGUGUAAAGAGGCUUUGGAGAUCUACAAGACGUUCCUGAACCGAAUGACCAAACUGUCCGAGUUUCUCAAAGUUGCCGAGCGAGUUGGAAUAGAUCAGGGUGACUACCUUGAUCUCGCACAGGCGCCUACUUCACUCCUGGAGGCGUUAGAGCAGCAUUUGGCCUCUCUGGAGGGCAGGAAACUGAAGGAUCUCUCCACCGCCAGCAGAUCCAGCACCUUAUCGAGUGCCGUGUCCUCUCUCUCCAGUACAGGGAUCUCUCUGAGCCGAAUGGACGAGAAGACAGAGGACAACAGGCUGCAACACAAGGAGGACGGUCCUAAAGUGCUUGACAUCCAGACGCCCACAGUCUCUCCCAGCACUCAGUCUGUGGGCAGUGCCAACAGCAGCGGAGGAGCCACCGACCUCUUCUCCAACUCGCCCAUCGCUCCUGUCAACAACCACAUGCCAACCCUGAGCAGUGAGCUGUUCACCCUGCAGCCCACUUUCGCCCCCAUCCCGACCGCUCACACUGUGCCCAAUAACAACAACCACGCCUGGGGAGGUGAUCUGCUGAAGCCGGCCCCGCCCACUCACAUCCACAGCCCCGGAGCCCCACUGCAUUCUGGGAAGAUGCUGCCCAGUGAUUUGGACUCGUCGUUAGCCAACCUUGUAGGAAACUUGCAUUUUGGAAGUGCACCAGCCAAAAAACCGGAGCUGCAGUGGGGAGGUCUGGUGGAGAAGAAGCCGUCCGGAGGCGGUGGAUGGCAGACCAAAACCAUGUGCACCAGCACCAACUGGGCUCACAGCACACACCCUAUGGCCCCUGCACCCAUGCCCGUCCCACAGAUGAACGGGAUGAUCUAUACUGGCUAUGCUCCAGCACCAGUGGCUUUUCCUAUGACGACACCUCAAGUGCCUGUGUAUGGAAUGCUCCCCCCUCAGAUGGGUCAUCAUCAGAUGGGGGGUGUUCCCAUGAUGCCCCCUCAGCCUGUCAUGUACAACCAGCCUGUCCUGAGACCCACUAACCCCUUUGCACCCAUCCCGGGAACUCAGAUGCACUUCAUGUAACGAUAACAUCGUAACCAUAGCAGCCAAGUCGAGAGGAAAGAGGAGAGAAAGAGUCGAAGAAACAGAUCCAAGCAAAUGGCAAAAAGGCAGAGUGGUCCAAAAAUCAGGGUGGAGAAGAAAUUGCUGCAUGGAUCAAAACCGAUGUCUUGUUUUCUUGGCUCUCUGGUCUCUCCUCUGCCCAAGGCCCAGGACAUGAGAAUCCGCUAUAUAUCAUCAACCACUCAUCCUAUUUUCGGAAAUUUCAAUCAACACCAAGAAAUUAUGCUACAAAGAUCGUCAGCAUCCUCCUUUAACUCCUAUUUCCCUCUAAAAUGAAUCAAACUUGUGAGGCAUUUUUGGAUCGUUUGCUGGCACUUUACUCAGCGUAAACUUUGCCAAGGUUGUGCGGAUGAAGUGAUUGAAAUGUCUAGAUUCCUGGUAGUGUCAUUUGUCACUAUGAUGUGAGAAGUGGCUAAUUAGGUGUGUGUG